UGUAAAGGAGACAUGUUUUUGUAUCUACUGCUUAGAACUCUGUGGUCGUAUCAUGGUUGCUGAAACACGUCACGCUCAGCGCCCCUGUGACUGGAGUAGAUCGGGCUAGAAGGGAACAGAUGCUGGAGUUGAAAAUCAAGUGGAAUAAGAUCUGUCGACAUGUCUGAUUCUGAAAUCCUGCACUUUCGGUUUGAUCAACAAGAGGACGGUGUCCUGCACAAGAUGAACAUUCUAAGAAAACAAAAUCUGUUUUGUGAUGUCUCCAUCUAUAUUAAUGACGCAGAAUUUCAUGGACACAAGGUCGUGUUUGCCGCUCGUUCCACAUUCAUGAGAGAUCAGUUCUUGUUAAAUCAGUCGAGGCAAGUUCGCAUCACAAUAUUGCAGAAUGCAGAGGUAGGGCAGAAGCUACUCAUGUCUUGUUAUACAGGGGUUUUGGAGGUAAGAAAGAAAGAGCUUUUGAAAUAUUUGAUAGCGGCUAGCUAUUUGCAAAUGGUUCAUAUUGUGGAGAAAUGCACAGAAGCGUUGUCCAGGUAUCUGCAAAACGAAGAUACCUUUGAUGCCGAGGCACAGGAACCAAUAAAAGAUGUUUCUUCUGAUAAUGAGCUGGAUACUGCAGAAAAUUUGAACAAAGAUUGGGAAAUUAUUGAAUUGUCUGCGGACAGCCCUAUAAAUGUAGAAUUCCCAGUUAAGAAGGAGGGAGACUGUCAGGAAGAGCUGCAUAGUCCUGUAUCUGCAAAAAAUGAUCUGUCUUCUGUGGAAAUUGAUUACAAGGAUAAUGAAAUAUGCAUUUUCAGGAUGGACUCUCUAUGUGACAGUGCUAAUAAUGCAGAUAGUGAUCAGUUUACCCAGCCUUGCACAUCUUCUAAGUCAAAUCUGUAUUUUUCAGAAACUCAGCAUUCUUUAAUUAAUUCAACAGUAGAAAACCGUAUGAAUGACCUGCCAGGGAGUCAGGUUCAAGGUUUGCAAGAUGGGGGGAAUCAGUCUGGAAUGAUGCAAGGACUUCAAACUGGAGCAGAAGGAGCGUGUUUGUGGCGGCACCAAUGUCCCAAAUGUCCCCGUGGAUUUCUACAUUUGGAGAACUAUCUACGCCACCUAAAGAUGCAUAAGCUUUUCCUUUGCUUGCAGUGUGGAAAAACAUUCACUCAGAAAAAGAAUUUGAAUCGACACAUCCGAGGUCACAUGGGGAUUAGACCCUUUCAAUGCUCAAUUUGUAUGAAAACUUUUACUGCCAAAAGCACUCUACAAGAUCACCUCAAUAUCCACAGUGGUAACCGACCAUACAAGUGUCAUUGCUGUGACAUGGAUUUUAAGCACAAGUCUGCUCUUAAAAAACAUCUCAAUUCGGUUCAUGGAAGAAUUGGGAGCGAUAAGGCAAAUUUAGACAUUACGGAAAUCACAAUAGAUUAUGAUUAGUUUUUGGUGACGCAAUUAAAGCAUAAGAAGGUAUUUUAAAGAGACAUGUUUAUUUGCCAAAAACUUCGAUGGUAGAGAGGUAAUCAUUGUAAAUAUUAGAUUGUGAAAUAGUUAGACAGAUUAAAAUCAUUUUACAUUGUAAAGUAGCCCCUGCACUUGCUUGUUUGUUCAACAAGAUAUGCAGAUUAAAGGAACAUUCCAUUGAUUUAUUUUUUUUAAACCUAUAUAGUAGAUAUACCUCCAAAGAAAAAACUGCAUUGUUUUCCUGCAUGUUUUCUUUGGUGGUAUAUGGGGGGAAAAACAGCUUACUAAAGCUGCAAACCUGCUGUCUGCAGCCAUUACAAGCCCUACCCUCUUCGUCACUAAGCCUGUGUGAUUUUGCCACAAGUGCAUGCACAUGAUUGCGGCUGUUGUACAAAUCAUUGAGAAGGUUAAGGGCAGUCACAGUUUAGCUUAGCACGUCAGCCACGUCCUUUAGCUCUGUGGAAAACCAGGAAUGUGAUUCUAUUCCCGAUUAUAAAAGUGCACAUUUCUAUUGAAACAAGAAUUUUCAUAAAUGGUCACAAAUAUGACAAAACAGACAUAUAAAGCACUUUAGCAAGUUGGAGUGUUCCUUUAAGUAUACUUCUUGUAAGUUGUGCCUGGUAUUAAAGAGCAUAUUUAAUAUUUAAUUUUAAAUACUUUUGUUUUGGCUGCAGCUUAACAUUUUAUAUUGCUAUAAGUAUUUUUAAAAAAAAAAUGUGGGGGAAAAAAAAUGGAAAAUACAAAAAUACUAAAAUGGAGAUUGUACAGCAUGCUAUGUUAGAAACAUAGAAUGUGACGGCAGAUAAGAACCAUUCGGCCCAUCUAGUCUGCCCAAUUUUCUAAAUACUUUCAUUAGUCCCUGGCCUUAUUUUAUAGUUAGGAUAGCCUUAUGCCUAUCCCACGCAUGCUUAAACUCCUUUACUGUGUUAGCAGGCAGUUGGAAAUGUUACCAUAGUCAAAUAUGUUUUGAUUGGAACUUCAUGAUUGGAAAAUCAUAAUUCCUCCCCCAAAUAACUCACUGUAUAUACACAAGAUUUUUAGCCAGAAGCCAAAACACUGCCACGGAAUUAAAAUAAAUUAGAAAUAUCAUAGCAAAAUCAGGUUGAAAGUGUUAUCUUUAUUUUCAUAUAGAGUAGACAUUAGAACAGAGAUUCUAACUACCGUAUAUCAGUCCUUAGGCAUUUUGCCAAAAUAGCAACACUCAAAAGUCUGUUUUAUUAGGAUUAAAAUGUUCAUCAAAACGGUGUUUAAUGAAAAAUACUUGAAUGUAAAAAGGUACGAAGUCAUAAAUGUGCAGGAAUAAAUAUGGAUCAUAAAAUAGUGAACUAGGGAAGGGAAUAAAAGCGCGAAUACACUGUCCAGAUUCAGAUCCCAAAUAUUGGUCUCCAUGUCAUUUCAGUGGGUCCCAACUGGUAAGAAACAUGUGCAGCUGCCCACAAUUAAUUAACUGUACAGACAUUAUUUUUGGCAGUGUAUAAGGAUGCAUUUGACACAGGGAGAUUCUAAUUUAGAAAGUGUUACGCAAAAUGUGUUUCAAUUAAAAUUAUAUUACAUUUCAAGAAUUCAGUAAAAUAAUGCCAUAUACACAACUGGGUCCCUAACAAGUUUAAGAAUCACAUUCUAACUUUUUAAAUAACUAUGAGAAACAUUAAAAAGAUUAGUUUGAUAAAUCUAUUCUAAGGUCCAUGACACACACCAAUACUAAUAUUGAAAGAAUCAUUGAAUAUAAAUAAAACAAAGUAGAAUGGCAAAAUAGUACCUUAAAGUCUCUUCUCUAUUCCCUUUUUUUUAUAU